CCCGGUGUGAGGUGGUGCAGCCGGAUCGGCUCCGUGCUCAGCGCUAGGUACGGGCGCGCGGGCCUCGCCCGCCGCGACCUCCGGCACUGAUGCUGCUCCUCCCCUUUACCUUCCUCUGCCCAGGUUCACAGCCUCCUCGUGUGUGCGGGGGCGGUUCUGCCGCUCCCUGCCGCGGUGCCGUUCCUGGGGGAAAACGGGAUCCUGCGGCUUGGUUCCUGCAGUCCUCCGGCUGAGCUGGGAACGGUAGCCCUGGAGCGGCAGGGCUGCCCCUCCGUGGGGCUCUCUUCUGCUGCCUCUCCCGGGUCUGGGUGGCGCGGCUUGGCUGGUGUUGCGGAGGGGACGGGCUGUAGCGAGUGAACACCGCCCGGGCGGGCUUCUGUGGUAAGCGGGCUGUGCCCACGGGGCGGCCCGGCCUGCCCUGCAUCGGGGAGGAGGAGGGGGUGCGGAGUGUCCGAGCGCUGCUUCAGCCUUGUCACGGCAAUGUGUCACGGCUGCGGACUUUGGCUUGGCAAGUGCUGCACGCCCAGCCCUGUGCAAGGGGUCUCCUGUCCCCAGGUAGCUUGGGAAGCAGAGCGGAGGCAGCCGAAGGGGUUCGAUAAUGGAGAUAGUAUUAGACUGUUUCCCUCAUAAGCAAGCAAUGGCUGUGGAUGUCGCAAUGCAGCUGUACCUGUGUUCUUCACCUUUGCGAAGAGAGAAGUGUGCCUGCAAAAUUGCUCCAAAGCCAAGCAAGCCACUGAGGCCCUGCAUCCAGCUGAGCAACAAGACUGCACUGAAUGGACCAGAAGAGGCAGCAAACUCCUUCACACACAACAAAGCAAAGAAGAGGGUGUCAUUUGCAGAUAGCAGAGGCUUUGCUUUGACAAUGGUGAAGGUCUUCUCAGAGUUUGAAGAUCCUCUAGAUAUUCCUUUCAACAUCACAGAGCUGAUAGACAACAUUGUGGGUCUGACAACAGUGGAGAAGGACAACUUUGUCCUGGAUUUUGUUCAGCCCUCUGUAGACUACCUGGACUUCAGAAACCGCCUCCAGACAGACUGCGUCUGUCUGGAAAACUGUAUGCUAAAGGAGAAAUCUAUUGUGGGAACAGUGAAGGUGAAGAACCUCGCUUUUGAAAAGACAGUGAAGAUCCGGAUGACAUUUGAUACAUGGAAAAGCUUUUUAGAUCACCCAUGCCAGUAUGUCAAGGAUAUGUAUGGAAGGUCAGAUCAGGACACGUUUUCUUUUGACAUCAGCUUGCCUGAGGGAAUUCAAUCACACGAAAGAGUUGAGUUUGCCAUUUCCUUUGAGUGCAAUGGGAGGGUGUACUGGGACAACAACAGGGGCACAAAUUACAGGAUCAUACGGUCAGAACUGAAGUCUGCCCAGGAAGCCGUCCGUCCCCCACAGGCUCCUGACUUUGGCAGUGCAUUUGACCGGUUUGGGAGCCCUCGGUGCUCCUAUGGCCUCUUUCCUGAGUGGCCCAGUUAUUCAGGCUAUGAGAAGCUUGGGCCUUACUAUUGACAAAGGUCAGGCUGACUAACUGCUGCUGGUGUGUCUGCAGGCCUUAGGGCUAGUCUGAACAUAGGUGUAUGAAUAGGUGGAAGAAGUAUGGCUCUGUGUAGCUUAGCCAAAGCCUCCCAAAACCAAAUGUGCAGUGUGGCAGGGGGCUUAUAGUCAGAGAAGCAAAUCUGGCACUCCAGAUGAUCAGAGGACCAGGGACCGCUCAUGUCUCUUCAGCACUUCUUCCUCUUCAGUAAAGAUGCCAUUGUCCAGGGAAACACUACAGUGCUUAUAUUGCCUGUUCAAGCUCUGUAGUGGUGGCUGCUUUGUAUUGCCUGCCUAGUAUUAAUAGGCUCCUUCAUAGUAUGUCCUAGUAUUAUAUUGUUAGUGGGCUCUACUACAGCUGCAGGGCUCUCCUUGAAAAGCCAGGCUGUGCUUGUCAGGAAAUAGUGUGGUUGGAUUGCUGGGAAUGGAGUCCUCUCUUUGCACAUAUCCUUGUAGUGAGGCCCUUUGUACUAGUGAGGCAGAAAGCAUGUUUUGGAAGUGAAAUGCAAUGCGAUGACAGGGAAGUGUGGUCCUACAGCCUGCUGUAUUAGGAGAUACGCCUGUGGGAGAAGAUCUGAUCUUAUAUGCUCAGUCACAGGUUGUUAGAUGAGCUUGAAAAUCUCUCAUACCACUGGUGUCACAGCUGUGGGUUGACAUCCUUGACUGUCUUCUUCAAAACCUUCCUGUUUCUUUAAUCAUAAGUGAUCAAUGAUACUUUUCCCUCCCUUGAUGGAUGUCUGAAGUUGGCUGUGCUGUACCCUGAAAAUGCAUUUCAUUCUCGUGUGGACUGUAAACCAGAGUUUUGUCCAGCUGGAGCCCAGGGUCCUGUGCAGGAGACUCUGCUCAGGUGUUACAGGAGCUAAAUGGAAACAGACCCCAUGGCUGUCUAUGCUGUAUCCUGUACAGUAAGGUGGCUGUUGUGUACCUACUGUGGUGGAAGUGCCUUGACUGAGAAAGGAGUGGUAUGUGCAAUCCCAGCAAUGUUGUGGGAUGAAACACUUUGGAACUGACGCAUAGCACUGCUUGCAUGUAAGGGUGCUGUGGCUGUCCUGGAUGAAUGUGCUGGGCUUCCCUUGCUGCUGGAGCAGUAUCUGCCAGUUUGACCUGCAGAUGCCCAGACUUUGCAUCUCUGACCAUGAAAAGUGGCUCACCCUACCUAUGUAAAGAACUAGCCAUGAGGAGAGUGAGAUGUGGGAUUAUCCUGGCAGUACCUCUGCAUGUGAGACAAAUCACAGAUGUAGGCCAUCCCACAGUUGAAGAGGUGGCUUGUCUUCUGGACGUGUGCUGAGGUGGUGAGCUUGGCUGAGCCAAACAGCCUUACAGGCCUUCUUGGAUGAUAACUGAGCAGAAUUAACUUAAUCCCUCAGCUCAAAGAGAGAGUGCUGAGCAGUUCGUAGAAAUAGAGGUCAAGGGAAUACUUCUUUUUCUAGUACAUAAGCUUUAUAUAAUUUUGGGUGCCUCUGGCAGCCUGUGGAUGUGAUGGAGAGAAGCAACUUUGUUAACAUAGCUUUUAAUUCUGGAGACUACUGUAUAAUCACUUAGAAGCUGUUUUACCCUAACCUAGAAGGGAUACUUGGAUCACUCUUGGAUAUCAAAAGGGACAGGAGCUUGAAGGAAGAAUAGCUGAUCUUCAACUGCUGCUUUUUCAAAAUACAGAAUCAGUAUAUGUCUUCAGUGUCCCUGAUCACUUAGUCAAGGUUGUGAAUUGCUUGCUAGGUCAGAGCUCAUCAGGUUUGGUUCCUCUGUUCAAACAGCUUCCCAAGUCAGCCCUUAGAGCCUGCAUCUGGUUUCUCUGGAAGGGACUGUUGCCUAGCUUGGCUUGGUUUUAAACUUAAAGCAAGUUUGAAUCACACUGAUGCUUUCUAUUUAUUUAGUGUAUGGUGUUGAUGUUGUAAGACACUGACUGUAGAAAAGCAGUGUUCUCCUGGCAUGUUCUUGUGCCUAUGGAGAGCUGUUUGUGAGCCAAAACAAAGCAUGUGGUUCUGGGGUGCUAUGGAUGUUGAUAUCUCCUUACAGGCUUGUUUUCAGGCUGUCCAUUGGGUGUGCUUAGGGAGGAACGUGGAAGAUUAGCUAGAAGAGCAGUGCCAUAAGUGAAAGCUAUGUUGGGAACUGACUAUUUGAUCAAUAGCAGUUUAAAAAUACUACUUGUGGCCUUUCCCUUUUUUCAUUCCCAGUGUGAACAUAGAAGUGAGGGGGUUCCUCUCCUUGCUCUAUGCCUGGAAGUGCCUUGUAGGAUGUUUUGCAUGAUUGAUUUUAAAAUAUAUUUUUGUACACAACAUUCAAGUGGAAAAUGCACUUUAUAAUUGCCACAUAAUGACUCUUUUAAAAAUGUCUGUUUUAGUCUAAUUGCUAAAAUAAAGGUGGAACAAAAUGUU